AUGCUACCAUGUCAGGAAAAGUGGUUCACGAUUGCUCAAUUCUACAACGCAGCCAAACUUAGGCAAAAAAAUAAAAUUCAAAGAUUGUUAAAAAGAGGGGUCGAGUCGGAUCUUUCAAACCCUAGAAAGGUGACACCUCUCUGGAUCGCUGCCACGAAUGGUCAUAUCGAGGUAGUCCGAUUACUUCUUGAGACUAAAUCCGUCAAUGUCAAUGCCACUAGUGUUUCCGGACGAUCACCUAUCUUCUAUCCAGCCGCAAAUAGGCAUGAAGAGAUUGUGUUGGGUUUCUUGAGACCAGAAAGAGCAUCAGAUUGA